CUCCGGCCAGGCCGGAGCAAUCGCCGGCCGAGCCGCUCAGCGCGGCGGGGCGGGGCUCGGGGCGGAGCCCGGCCCGCCGCUCCGGUCCCCGGGCGCCCGGCCCAGCCCGGGCCCCGUGCGGCAGACGGCCGGGAAGAAGUCCCAGGGUGAGAUUCUGUUACAGUUCACAAUAAACACUAAAAUGUCAGACUUCACACCAUUUAAGAUGAGAUUAGUUCAUUUGGACCUUAAAGGAGCACCACCAAAGAUCUCGUACUUCUCAGAGAUUUUCCCGCUGUUCCGCGCUCUAGGUGCAAAUGGCCUUCUCAUUGAGUAUGAAGACAUGUUUCCCUAUGAUGGCCAGCUGAGGCUGCUGCGGGCCACACACGCGUAUAGCCCUUCUGAAGUCACAGAGAUCCUGCGUCUGGCCAGACUCAGCGAGCUGGAGGUCAUUCCCCUGGUGCAGACAUUCGGACACAUGGAGUUUGUGCUGAAGCAUGCGGCGUUUGCUCACCUCCGAGAAGUGGCCUGUUUCCCCAACACGCUGAAUCCUCACGAGGCAGAGUCCCUGGCACUGGUGGGAGCCAUGGCGGACCAGGUUCUAGAGCUGCACCGGGGCGCACGGUGGCUCCACAUUGGGUGCGACGAGGUCUACUACCUGGGAGAGGGGGAGGCCUCCAAGCAGUGGCUGCAGCAGAGGCAGAACAGCCACGUAAAGCUGUGUCUGUCCCACAUGCGAGCAGUGGCCAGCCACGUGCGAGCGCAGCAUCCCGGGACAACAGCCUUGGUGUGGGACGACAUGCUACGGGACAUGCCCCAGGACCAGCUUGCAGCAUCCGGGGUGCCGCAGCUGGUGGAGCCUGUGCUCUGGGACUACGGGGCUGACCUGGAUGUCCAUGGCAAGGUGCGUCUCAUGGAAAAGUACCGGGAAUGUGGCUUCUUGCGGCUGUGGGCGGCCAGUGCCUUCAAGGGGGCGACAGGGCCCAGCCAGGCCCUGCCGCCUGUUGAGCACCACCUCAGGAACCAUGAGCAGUGGCUGCAGGUGGCAGGCAGGGGGCCUGGGGACACGCUGCAGGGCAUCAUCCUGACUGGCUGGCAGAGGUACGACCACUUCUCCGUGCUGUGUGAACUGCUCCCUGUGGGGAUCCCAUCCCUGGCUGCCUGCCUGCAGUUGCUUCUCCAUGGGAGCUUCACUGAAGAUGUUAAGCGGACAGUGGAGAACUUCCUUGGGGUUUCCAGCCUGGAGAUAAAGGACACUGUGAGUGAGGGAUCUGGCUCCUUCCCGGGCAGCGACAUCCAUGCCCUCGUCACCCAAGUCAGCCUCCACCUGCGCAGCUCUGUGGACGCGCUGCUGGAGAGGAACAGGUAUGUCACUGGCUGGUUCAGCCCCUACCAUCGCAGACGAAAGCUCAUCCACCCCAUCAUGGUCCAGCACAUACAGCCAGAGGCCCUCAGCCUCCUGGGCAGGUGGCACCCCCUCGUGCAGCAGCUGGAGGCAGCCCUGCAAGUGGCCUUUUACCCAGACACUGUGGAGGAGUGGCUGGAGGAAAAUGUGCACCCCAGCAUGCAGCGGCUGCAAGGUCUACUGAGGGACCUUCGUGAAGCAGCCGUUCCUCAGCCGUUGCCCAACAGCCCUGGCUGGGAUCCAAGUCAGGAUCCUUGAGGGGCUCCUGGCACGGGCUGGGGCAUAUGCAAUCAUCCAGGGCAGGACUGGGCUGAAGGGGCCUCCUUGCCACCUCAUCCAGCCAUGUGCAGCCCCAAUAAACCCUCCCUGC